AUGUUCGGGUUAGAGUUGUCAGUUGACCAAACUCAAACUCCAUAUCCUUUAAUUAAUUAUACAUUUGGUACGAAAGAAGCGCAGCCUGAAGAAGAUCCUUCCGUGGCGGCAAGAUUAGCGCGUUUACAAAAUGAUUAUGAGGUGACUGGUAUGCGAAGGACUGUAGAGGGUGUUUUAGUAGUUCAUGAACAUAAUCAUCCUCACGUACUGAUGUUACAAAUUGCCAAUUCAUUCUUCAAAUUACCUGGAGAUUAUUUAAAACCUGGUGAAGAUGAAAUUGAAGGUCUUGAAGCCAGAUUAGAUGAACGUUUAUUACCUGUUGUAACAUAUAACAGUAAUGCGCCUAAAGAGGAGUGGCAAAUUGGAGAAUGUUUAAGUGUUUGGUGGCGACCGAAUUUUGAAACCUUUAUGUAUCCAUAUAUACCCGCACAUGUAACAAAACCAAAAGAACAAAAGAAGAUUUUUUUGGUUCAUCUUCCAGAAAAAAAAGUAUUGUCAGUUCCUAAGAAUAUGAAAUUAUUGGCAGUUCCAUUAUUUGAACUUUAUGAUAAUUCACAACGUUAUGGACCACAAUUAUCCGCAAUUCCUCAUUUACUUA